AGGCCCAAACAUUUGUUCGCCCGAUCACGGUGAGAAGAUUGAAGAUAGUGAGUGUAUGAGUUUUAACUACGAUCGAUCUGGGACUAGUGAAGAGGAGUCCUUCUAGAUUCCUAAACCUGGUUGCGACCAAGUUCGUUAUCGCACCUUGAAUCAAUCUAAGCCGAGCGGAAACCCUAGAAAACAUGCGAAUUUAGAGAGUGCAAAAGGUGGGAGAGGAUGGCGAAGCAUUCGGUGGCAAUGGCGAAGAAGCGGUGGCCAAUCGUGUUGGCGGCAUUCUUGUCUAUCUCAACAGUGACGGUGCUCCUCAUGAGACCCACCAGCUCCGAUUCAUGCAACAUCAAGAACUUUGGUGGAGCACAGCAAGACAAUCAGAUUAGUUCCUCCGUCCAAAUCGGAAAUGCCGCUUCGAGUCCCCUGCAUUUCAUGAAGUCCAAGCUCGUUCUCAUGGUUUCGCACGAGCUUUCUCUUUCAGGCGGGCCUUUGCUGCUGAUGGAGUUGGCGUUUCUGUUGAGGGGCGUUGGUUCUGAUGUUGUUUGGAUCACCAAUCAGAAACCCGGCGAACCUGAUCCGGUUAUUUACAGUUUGGAAAGUAAGAUGUUGGACAGAGGAGUUCAGGUCCUGUCAGCCAAAGGUGAAGAGGCUGUUGAUGUGGCACUUAAAGCUGAUAUGGUCAUUCUAAAUACUGCUGUUGCUGGAAAGUGGCUGGAUGCCGUUCUUAAGGAAAAAGUUGACCGUGUUCUUCCAAAGGUUUUAUGGUGGAUUCAUGAAAUGCGAGGGCAUUAUUUCAAAGUGGAAUAUGUUAAGCACCUCCCUUUUGUUGCAGGUGCAAUGAUUGAUUCACAUACAACUGCCGAGUACUGGAAGAAUAGGACUAGGGAGCGUUUAGGGAUUAAAAUGCCUGAAACUUAUGUUGUACAUCUUGGAAAUAGCAAGGAGCUUAUGGAAGUUGCAGAAGAUAGUGUAGCAAAGAGAGUUCUUCGUGAGCAUGUUCGGGAAUCUCUUGGAGUGAGAAAUGAUGAUCUACUUUUUGCCAUCAUAAAUAGUGUUUCUCGUGGUAAAGGGCAGGAUCUAUUUCUUCGUUCCUUUUAUGAAAGUUUGCAACUCAUUCAGGAGAAGAAACUCCAGUUGCCAUCUUUGCAUGCUGUGGUCGUCGGGAGUGAUAUGGAUAAACAGACGAAGUUUGAAAUGGAACUGCGCAAAUUUGUUGUUGAGAAAAAGAUUCAGGACCGUGUUCACUUUGUUAACAAAACCCUGGCUGUGGCUCCUUACCUGGCUUCUAUUGAUGUUCUUGUUCAGAAUUCUCAGGCAAGGGGAGAAUGUUUUGGAAGGAUAACCAUUGAAGCAAUGGCAUUUCGGCUGCCUGUACUGGGAACAGCAGCUGGAGGCACGAUGGAGAUUGUGGUGAAUGGUACAACCGGUUUGCUGCAUCCUGUUGCAAAAGAAGGCGUGAUACCUCUGGCAAAGAACAUUGUGAAAUUGGCAACUCAUGUGGAGAAGAGGCUGACUAUGGGAAAGAAAGGGUAUGAGAGAGUGAAGGAGAGGUUUCUGGAGCACCAUAUGUCACAGAGAAUUGCGUUGGUUCUGAAGGAUGUUUUACAGAAGGCUAGGCAAUAGACAUUACAUUAAAUUAACCAGGUUAGGUACUUCACUGUUAAUUUGUAUAUUGAUUCCACAGGAAAAAAGAGAAUGCUUCGGUGAGAAUGAAUUGUAUAUCCAAUGUCCUUUAUACCAAACACGAAUGCGAGCAAGUCUGACACUCUUUUUGACACGCGCUUCAUUAUUAGUUGCAACUGAUGUGAAAGUGAAACUCGCUAAAUAAAGUGAGUUGCUAAAAAGAGAAUGCGAGCAAGUCUGACACUCUAUUUAGCGAGUUUAUCAUAAAUUUCAAAUGAUAAUAUUUGUGUUUUACCUGAAGAAAAAAUGGAGUAUGUUGGAAA